CACAAAACAUUUUGCAUUUAAUCGUUUUUGUCAUUCUGUGCAAGUCGGACGUGUUGGAGCUGUUGCUGCUACCGAACGGUGUUUUACCUCUGCUCACAGUGUGUGUGUGUGUGCGCUAUCUCUUGCUGGCUGUGUUAGUGUGUUUUAAAUAAGUUUCCUUAAACAAAUUACAUAGAAAAUCGCUGAUUUUCUCUUUCUCGCUUUACUAAAUUUCUUGGUGGCGUGAAUAAAAGUGUUACAACCAAAAAAGAAGAAACAAAGCGCGUGUGUUAAAACAGCAAAUAUAUUGCAAAUAGUUUCAAUUCGACACCCAAACUACUAAAACAACUACAAACUUCAAUCAUGAGCUGGCAAGAUUAUGUCGAUAAUCAGCUUUUGGCUUCGCAGUGCGUUAACAAGGCGUGCAUUGCCGGACACGAUGGCAACAUUUGGGCGCAGUCCAACGGCUUUGAGGUUACAAAGGAAGAGCUCGCCAAAUUGAUUAGCGGCUUCGAUCAGCAGGACCUGCUCACCAGCAACGGUGUAACACUAGCCGGCCAAAGGUACAUUUACCUCUCAGGCACAGAUCGCGUUGUGCGCGCAAAACUCGGCAGAAGCGGUGUGCACUGCAUGAAGACGACACAAGCCGUCAUCGUGUCCAUCUACGAGGAUCCUGUUCAGCCCCAGCAGGCCGCUUCCGUAGUGGAGAAACUUGGAGAUUAUCUGAUUACUUGCGGGUACUAGAAAAUAAACAAAAAUCAACACAACACCAUCAACAACACACCAACAACAACAACAACACAGCAACAAAUUCGAUAAGAAUCCGUAAAUGAACUACAUAACUAAAAACAAAAAAAAAAAGUAAUAUUAAUAUUUAAAUUUAUGAAAAAUGCCAAGAAACAUUUUGAGGUAAUUGUGGUCGACAAAAAUAGGAAUAAAAUAUGAUGUCUAAAAAGUAAAAAGAAAGUACCCAAAAACCUACAACAAAAUUAUAAAAUUCUGCAUUAUUAUAUUUAAACAUCUUUGGUUCAUACGAUAAAAAUAAUAAAAAAAAAAAAAAACUUAAACACAAAAUUAAAGAAAUUAUAUUGGAAAGUAUUUUGUAAACAACAACAACUACAAAUGAAUAAGAACAACUACGCAAAGCAACGCAGGCAAAUUUUUGAACACUUUUUUUGUACAGCAAUAUAGAUACAAAGAUAUAUACACUGAUCUAUAUACACACACAGUUUUGUGAGAGAGUGAGUGAGACAGGAGAAGAAAAUGAGAUGAGAUUUGGAGAGGAGAGGGAAGUGAUGAGUCAGUCAUUCAAGCAGCGAAAAUACACAGGAAAAUACCAACCAAUAUAAAUGAAUAUAUAUAUAUAUUUAUAUAUGUAAACUAUUUGGAGAACCAUGAAGCUCUAUUUUUAUGUGGCAGGGAAGUACACAUACUACAUACACAUGCAACAAACAAAACAAAAAAAAAUCAGCCACUGUGGUAGCAUUUUUUAUACAAAAUGAACUUUGAUGUGUAAUAUUAAAAAAAGAAAAAUGAAAAGAAAAGCAAAAUAUCGUCAGCCUUUUUAGCCAUAUAUGAAGAAAAUAUGCUCAUCAUUGGGUUAGAUAAACAGAUUUCAAGCAGCGACAGCUACAACACCAAUACCAUUACAACACGACACGCACACAUACAUACAUAAACAUACAUGUAUUCCGUUUUCCAACCGUCUCAUCUAGCCAUACAUAUAUAGAUACGUACAUAUUAACAUACAUACAUACAUACAUACAUAUUACUUGCGACUCUUGCACCACAUUUGUGCUCUCUGUAUGCGCUUUUCAUGUUUGUAAUUUUGCUCUAUAUUCAUACAAAAACAAAAAAAACUAACAAAACGCUAAAAAAAAAGCUAAAAACAUUUGCAUACAACAUAUUUAUCGAUAUGCGCGGCAAUUACAAUUAUUUUCGAACGCUGUGCAACACUUGUCCGUCUCCUGCCAGCCGCCAGCUGUGUGUGUUGUGUGUGAGCGCGUUUCAGGAACAUUUUUUGCUGAAUUAUCCAUCAACAAUUCGGCAACAAUAAAUUGCCAUUAAAAAACAAAACAAAAA